GUAUAAAGAUGCGCAGAUCUGCUUUUAUUCUGUCAAUAACGAAAAAAAAAUUGGAGUAUUACUUGGACUAUUUGAAACGAGUCGAUAAUGAUCUUCCGAUUUUGCAGGAUGUUUUUCCUAAACUUCCUGCAAGCGACGAAGAGGUCGUAGAAUUCCAUACCAAAUUAUGCUCCACAAUGCGAGAUAACAACUAUAAAUUUAAAGGCAUCAAAGUGACACCAUUAACCAAUGAAACUGUGCGUUCGCUUCAUGGAACGAAACCCAUUUGUGUACCUGUGUUCUCGAAUUUUUUUCAGGACAAAGCCUUUUCGAAAAAAAAGUGCCGUCUGCAGUAUGUUGAGCCUGCAAUUUGUUUCAAGAUCUCUGAUGAGUCUAAUUCACCAGCAUUUGGAAAAUGCGUUUCGUGCUUUCCUGCUAUAGAAGUAAUUGGAACACGUUUUCCCUUUUACCCUCCUUCUGUCAGUGGCUUCGCAUGUGAUUUGUGCAGCUGCGUUGGAAUUUCGGUUGGAACAGAAAAUAAUCUCAAUUCAAUUCUCACCAAAACUUUACCAGGAUAUCAGUUUGUUUUGUUGCAUGAUGAUGAUCCUGUUCAGGUUGGAUCUCUAAGCCUAAGUACUUACGAUCCGCUUCAUUUGAUAAAUCUUGCACAUGCCUAUGCUUCUAAGAUAGGAUGCCCUCUUCAGGAAGGCCAUUUUAUUUUGUGUAGCGGAGUAAGUCCACGUACGCCUGCUCAUGUUGGAGAUUAUACAAUUCAGUGGGGUACAUUAGGAAGUGCUGCCUGUUCUAUUGUCUAAUAUGCUAUACAUUUUGGUACUUAAA